CUUUCAAUUUGCUUUUGUUAUCAUAAUAGCAAAAUUAUAGGAACAAACUGUGUCGGAUGUAGUAAUAUUUGCCAGUACUGGUUUCAGAUGUGAAUUUUGUCAGGACUCAUGAUGCUUCUAGUAGUUUUUUAUUUUAAACGUGGUUUCGUUUUCAUUUCAACAUAUUUAAAAUUAUAUAUCAGUUUCAGUAUAUGUUGACGUGUUAACUUACCAAGACUAAAUCAAGGGUUGCCGUAUGCUAGACAGAUUUCAGAAUUGCACGGUGUCCAUGAUCAAAUGACAGCAAGGAGACGACGUGGUGGAUCAGAGUCAGAACAGGCACCCCUUAUCCUUGCAAGUGGGGUAUCCUAUUCUCUGCAGGACUCUUGGUCCCAACAAACCCAAGCACAUCACCAUGCCAAUAAAGCAGCAGAAUCCCAGCGAUACAGUAUAGAGGACAUAAUACCUGUGAAAAGAGAAAACAUCAUUAUAGGAACAAUGACAUCACGAGACAGGACCACAGAAUUUGUUAAUGCCAUCCGUUCCUUGCAAGGACGUCAUAUCAAGAGGACAAUGGCUGUAAGAGAUCCCAGGAAAGCUAAAUAUAUUCAGAGUUAUGCGGAAUUUAUGAUGAUUGCAAGAACUAUAGGGAAGAAUAUAGGCAGUACAUACACAAAACUGGAAAAACUCACUUUAUUGGCAAAGAGAAAAUCACUUUUCAAUGACCGGCCAGCUGAAAUACAGGAACUGACGUACAUAAUAAAGGAGGAUUUAAAUAGCCUAAACCUGCAGAUUGCAAAACUUCAAGAAGUAGCACGGAACCAGAGACAGUCACAACAGAAUGGUCACCAUCUUUUGUCACAUUCGUCGAACGUUGUUCUCACUUUACAGUCCAAGCUUGCAUCCAUGUCUACAGAAUUCAAACAAGUUCUUGAAGUUAGAACAGAGAAUCUGAAACAACAAAAGAGUCGCCAGGAUCAGUUCUCUCAGGGCCCUGUCUCUUCAUCACUCCCUCCAUCAGCUAUCUCGGGUCAUCACCAGGGUUCUGUAUUGCUCACUGAUGAAGUCAGUGUUAACAUGGAGGCAUACAGUCCACUGCUUCCAGCUACUCAAAAGCAGGCAAUGAUCUAUGAUGAAACGGAUAACUACCUUCUGAGUCGUGCUGAGACAAUGCAAAACAUUGAAUCAACAAUUGUUGAACUUGGUGGAAUAUUCCAACAACUGGCACAUAUGGUGAAGGAGCAAGAAGAAAUGGUGGAGAGGAUUGAUACAAAUGUUCAGGAUGCAGAACUGAAUGUUGAAGCAGCUCAUAAUGAAAUUAUCAAAUAUUUCCAAAACAUUACCUCCAACCGUUGGCUCAUGAUCAAGAUAUUUGCUGUGCUCAUAUUUUUCUUCCUUUUCUUUGUUAUAUUUCUGGCAUAGUCCUUCUCUUACAUCAGCCUAGAAACUGAGCAGUAACUUGCAAAUCAGUAAAAUUGGUGCUCUUCAUGAAGAUUUGGGCAUUGCCAAGUUUCUAUUCCAGUGACAUCAUAAGUGAUUUGUAUGUGAUCUAUCAUUAAGAACACAAGUUGAAUCCAAGAUAUGAAAUAUAAAGACAUUUAAGUAAAUUUUCUUCUUCGAGGUAAACAAAUGACAGCAUUUCGUGUUACAAUAUGCACUGACUCUAUGAAAUGUAUUAUGAUCUGUCUUUAUAAAAAGGUGAUAGUAAACAAUAUGGACAUUUUGUUGCAGAGGGUUGUGUAUAUGUGGUGCAAGUACUUGUAUCAAGGUUUGAGACUUGUAUAAUCAGUGCAAAUUUAUUAAAAGUUAAUACAUAUAUAUAU